CUAAUUUUUCUGGAGGGUAAGCAAACUUCGUUCGCAAACUCGUGCUACUGUGAAACGGAGAUGGGAUGUAUGUGGAUGAGGCAGGUGCGAGUGCGAGUAGGAGCCAACAACUCUCUGCUCCUACCUAAGCCUUCCAUGGCCUUUCUAUCCCCUAUCUCCUUCUUCUAUCAGAAACCACCACCGUCUCUCAUUUCCCUCGUCUUCUCCCACGGUCGCUCGCUCUCAACCACCACUUGGUCUCAACGAAUUCCUCAAGCUUCCAUCGACGACAACUGCUCUGAUUUCGGAGAUGGUGGCGGAAUUGGAGUUUCGAGAAAUGGGUCCAAGGUUCUUCUCAAGGAGAUGAGAUACUCUGAGCUUGAAAACUGGGUUCAGUUACAAGGAUACAGGCCGGGUCAGGCUCUAAUGUUGUGGAAGCGCCUCUAUGGAAAUAACAUUUGGGCACAUCAUAGUGAUGAGUUGGACGGUUUGAACAAAGAUUUCAAGAAAAUGUUGAGCGAAAAUGCUGAAUUCAAGGCAUUAUGUUUGAAAGAAAUUCUCACGGCAUCUGAUGGAACUAGGAAGAUUUUAUUCACAUUGGAAGAUGAACUGGUAAUAGAGACAGUUGUCAUACCUUGUGAUAGGGGCAGGACUACUGUUUGUGUUUCCAGUCAAGUGGGCUGUGCCAUGAAUUGUCAGUUUUGCUAUACUGGAAGGAUGGGUUUAAAGAGACAUUUAACUGCAGCUGAGAUAGUAGAGCAAGCUGUAUUUGCCCGGCGUCUGCUCACAAGUGAAGUUGGUUCCAUUACCAAUGUUGUAUUUAUGGGAAUGGGAGAACCACUUCACAACAUUGACAAUGUCAUAAAAGCUGCAGAUAUUAUGGUGCAUGACCAAGGCCUUCAUUUCAGUCCUCGCAAGGUCACUGUCUCAACCAGUGGGCUUGUUCCCCAGCUGAGACGUUUUCUCCAUGAAUCCAAUUGUGCUUUAGCUGUUAGCUUGAAUGCAACAACUGAUGAGGUCAGAAACUGGAUCAUGCCAAUUAACCGGAAGUAUAAAUUAGGCUUGCUUCUUCAGACCCUUCGGGAGGAACUUCGCUUCAAACAUAACUACAAAGUUCUAUUUGAAUAUGUAAUGCUUUCAGGAGUCAAUGACAGCAUUGAUGAUGCAAAGAGGCUUAUUGAUCUUGUUCAGGGAAUUCCAUGCAAGAUCAAUCUCAUCUCAUUCAAUCCUCACACCGGAUCCCAGUUUCGACCAACCAACGAGCCAAAGAUGAUUGAGUUUCGAAAUGUUUUGGCUGAGGCAGGGUGCACCGUUUUCUUGCGACUCAGUAGAGGUGAUGAUCAGAUGGCUGCCUGUGGUCAACUUGGCAAGCCUGGUACAAUCCAGCUCUUUUUGAAGUUCAUUGAUACUGAACAGUUUCAGAGGCUUCGUGAUCUAAAGCAAAUUGGCUUAGCACACAUGGUUUACCCAGGGGCUGUGCAUUCUCGGUUUGAACAUUCACUAGGGGUGUAUUGGUUGGCUGGUGAAGCUAUUAAUACAAUUAAAGCCUACCAAGGCUCGGAGCUUGGUAUUGAGCCUUCAGAUAUACAAACAGUAAAACUUGCUGGACUACUGCAUGAUGUUGGCCAUGGGCCAUUCAGCCACUUGUUUGAGCGCGAGUUUCUUCCCCGGGUUAUUAAUGGCGUCUCAUGGCGUCAUGAGGACAUGUCUGUGAAGAUGGUGGACUACAUUGUUGAUGAGCACAACAUUGAAAUUGAUUCUGAAUGCCUUAAGAAAGUGAAGGAUAUGAUACUUGCGAGCCCUGAUCGUACUCCAACAAAAAAUAUGAAGGAAAAGCGUUUCUUGUAUGAUAUUGUUGCAAAUGGUCGAAAUGGAAUAGAUGUUGACAAGUUUGACUAUAUAGUACGGGACUCCCGGGCUUGCGGUCUAGGCUGCAAUUUUCAAUUUGAGAGGUUGAUGGAAUCUAUGCGAGUUAUGGGUGAUGAGAUAUGCUACCGUUCUAAGGAUUACCUGACAAUCCACAAGUUAUUUGCUACUCGUGCUGAUUUGCAUAGAACAGUCUAUACACAUGCAAAAGUAAAGGCAAUUGAACUCAUGGUUGUUGAUGCUCUGUUAAAAGCAAAUGAUCAUCUUCACAUUUCGACCUCAAUUCAUCAACCAGCUGAAUAUUGGAAGUUAGAUGACUCAAUAUUGAGAACCAUUGAAAUUUCUCCCAAUCAAGAGCUCAAGGAAUCAAGAGACUUGAUCCUACGUAUUAGAAGAAGGGAGCUAUAUCAGUUCUGCAAUGAGUUCUCUGUCCCUAAGGAGAGCAUGGAGCACUUCAAAAACAUCACUCCCCAAGAUAUUGUUUGUUCCCAGAAAAGUUGUGGUAUUACACUAAAAGAAGAAGAUAUUGCCGUGAGCAACGUUAAGAUUGAUCUGACACGUGGAACGAAUAACCCUCUUGAAAGCAUCAAUUUUUUCAAGGAGUAUGCGUGCAAUGAGAAAUUCCCAAUCGAAGAUGAUCGUAUCAGCCACUUGCUGCCUGUCUUUUACCAAGAUAUGAUAGUUAGGGUGUACUCUAAGAAGCCUGGACUGGUGACAGCAGUAUCUGAGGCCUUCGAAAAUUUUCAGGUGAAGACAUUUGGAAAGAAAGCACAGGUUCAUGCAACUCCUGAAAAGAAGAAACGCCUAAAAUAAUGGCUAUAACUGAGUCUGAAUUCUACCUUGCCGUUUAGUUGGAAUAGGUAAAUACUCGUAUUCAUAGAGAAGCAUAUAGUUGGAAUUGGUAAAUGCUCAUACUCAUGAAUAAACAUCUUAAUACAGUGAGCAAAUGUGCGAACUUCAUAUAGUGAAUCACAUGAUAAAAUGUAUAAAUCCAUGAAGCUUAAUGCCGGGUGCAACUGUAUAAAUCCAUAUAUCGUCUCUCUC